AUGACACUCAUCAAAUUACUUUUUCUAGUGCCAUCUGUACUUUUGUUCAACAAUGCAUACAUACCUCCAACAAUACCUCGUGAUGAAGUCAUACGCGGCGGCCCACUCUACGAGCGCAUCUGUCCAGCCGUUUUCCCGGUGCUACACCGGCUGCUGGGAUCGAUUCCCUGCGUCGCAGAGAUAGCUGCCAUACUCGCAGCUUAUUUUCCGCCACCUAUCUCCUCAAUAGUCCUCUCUAAUCUGGUUCGCAGUGGACAGCUUCCGGAUAUGAUGCUAAACAGAUACUUCGUACUUGGAACAACUCUGGUCAUUAUCGGCGGCCUGGGGCGCAUAUGGUGUUUCCGGGUGAUGGGGCGCCACUUCACUUUUUGGCUCAGCAUAUGCAAGGACCACACUCUUGUCACUAUGGGUCCAUACGACGUUGUGCGCCACCCUAGCUAUGCAGCUAGUUGCAUCAUCUUAUGCGGCAUGUCACUCAUCUAUGCAAGCCCCGGUUCAUUUGUGCUCUCAUCUGGGUGGCUCUCCACUUACUUCGGACGUGUCAUGUUCACAUUGUGGGUGCUCCAACUCAUAUUGUCUGCAAUGGUCUGCUGGAAAAGGUGUAUCAAAGAAGAUUCAAUGCUUCGGGAGCAUUUUAGAGACGAAUGGGAGAGGUGGUCAAAGAGAGUACGAUACAGACUUAUUCCAGGUGUAUUCUAG